GCAUGACAAAAAAAGGGAGGGGAGGAAUAGACAUGAAGGAUCUGGAUAACACUGUUGUUUCCUGAAGAUCUGAGUGUUCCCCGCCAGGAUGGCAUGUGCAUGGGACUUUCAAUUUCGGGUACUGUUACUGGGGGACUCUGGUGUUGGCAAGACUUCCCUCCUGAGGAGAUACACAGAGGACGAGUUUACAGACACCACUGGGCCCACUGUAGGUGUAGACUUCUGCUCCCGAAUAGAAGAGCCUGAGGCUGGAGUGAAAGUCAGGCUGCAGUUCUGGGACACAGCUGGCCAAGAGCGUUACCGGGCAGUGACGCGUUCUUAUUACAGAAAUGCUGCUUGUGUUAUUCUUCUGUUUGACCUCACUGCACAUAAAACUUUUGAGAGCAUCAAAAACUGGCACAUGGAGGUAACCGAGCGAGCUCAGCCUCAACCCCUUCUCUUCUUACUACUUGGAACUAAGAGCGAUAUGCGUGAGCAGAGAAAUGUAUCCCAGGAAGAGGCACAGAGUUUAGCCCACUCCAUAAAAACACCAUACUUAGAGACUUCUGCACGAACUGGCAGCAAUGUUUCUGCGGCUCUCUCACUGCUGUGCAGAGAACUAUUGGGAGCUGUGAGGCAGGAGAAACAAGCUGCGGAGGAGCACGGCUGCUCAGUAGUGGAGGAGAUGCCACAGAAAAAAAAUGGAUGUACAUGCUGAACAACAAGUGAGAAACACAA